GUAAUCAUGACCUUUACCGUACAGUCUGCGGGCCGCCAGUUUGACCGGCUUGCGCUGAUGUUCUUUGGCGACACUGAAGUCUGGCGUACCUCAACCGCCGAACCCGUGAAACCCCCAGGCAUUCGAUGGACAGUGACCAAGGAUAUGUCCCACCUCUUGUACUUCUGGAAGUCCCCCCAGAGAAUCAUCUUUGAUCUGGGCAAUUUGGUCGAUGAGAAAUACACGGGCACAUUCAACACGACAUUGACUGCGUCAUUCUACCAAGUUACCCCGUCAGACUUCCAAGAUGCCAAGCCAGCCGACCUGAUAGUGCCGAUAUCCUCUCGGAAAGGUGCACAGGGUCUGCCAAGUCAUUUCGUCUUGCCUGGAGACCAAGCAUCGAACUCGGUCUCACUCCCCAGGAAUAUCAACCGAGCCGUGUUGACAAUCUCGGCGAAUGGACAGGCUGCGGAAGAGUUCUGGUGGAGCAAUGUACUCGAGUCGGACAAGAUGACUUUCGCCAAAACAUAUGGUGCAUACCCUGGUCGAUCUCCGUUCCGUGAGGUCCAAGUGCUCGUUGACGGCCACCUCGCUGGUGUGAGCUGGCCAUUUCCCGUCAUCUUCACCGGUGGGGUCACGCCGAGCCUACACCGGCCAAUUGUCGGACUGCAAGCUUUUGACUUGCGAGAGCAUCAGAUCGACAUUUCGCCAUGGCUGCCACUUUUGUGUGAUGGCCACGAGCACGAUUUUGCAAUCCGUGUCAUGGGGGUCACAGACAAUGGCGUUGACGGAGGUGUCUUAAGUGCCAGCAUCGACGAUAGUUGGUACGUCACUGGGAAGGUGUUCCUAUGGCUGGAUGAUGAUGGCCGGUCAGUCACCACCGGCUCUGUCUCAACGUCUGCUCUCAAGCCUCUGGCUAGUCAGGAUCCCGUCAUCCACCUGUCACGCGCCAUAAGUCGGAAUGAGACAGGUUUCAACGAGACACUAUCGUUUGAGGUCACCGUGAGGAGAUCACUAGACAUCAGCGCCACCGUACGGUCGCAACGUCGACACAGCCACGUGCAAUGGACGCAGAAGCUCGAGUACACGAACGUCGCGCUAGUCAAAGACUUUGGGUUCAACCAGGUCAAUGACUUCAGAGUGACGGGCCUGGACGAGGCUCGCGGGCUCGACCAAGACAGGUCCUUCGAAACAUUCUACGAGUACCCCCUGCAUUGCAACCAGAGCAUCAGGUUCGACAGUUCCGGCGACAUGACGAUCCAAUCGAGUCUACUGGAAGGUCUCCAGCUCAAGAUUCGGGGGUCCAGCGUGCUUCCAAUGGGAACUGAGGGCUAUCCUGGGCCGCUUCCCGAAAGCCAGACGCAAGGAGCACACCUGCAGACACUGAGAGAGGGCCAGGGCGAGUUCUUCGCGCCUGCUGGCGGAAAGACCAGCUCUGGAUUCGGCUCUACCAAUCAGCUGUUUUACUUCGGAAGUCUUCUGACCGUGCCUGGCCAGUCGCUCGAGCACGCUGGAAAGAGCCAUGAACUCUAUUUCCGCAACGUGACUGCAGUGAACGGCAGCGUCGUGGCAGACGAGGAGAGGAGUGUAGCAUCAGCCUGCCGCAAUAUUGUUCGGCCGCCGCAGCCAGCCGCAGGCAAUAGUCAGGAUCGUGGCGGGGACGAAGGCGUGGUACGAGUCGAGGGGAAGCAUCCCCCUUCGACAGCUGCACCCGGGUCGUGGUUUGAAUUCGCAGAACCCCUGGCGCCCAGACAACACUUUGGCCGCCGGCUCAAGCUUGUUCAGCCAUCUUGUGGCAAUAUUGAUUGCGAGGCGGGAACACCCACGGCCACGGCCAGGGGUAGCAGCACAUCGAUAGGCCCGCUGCUGCAACAGCUGCAGCUGCAGCAGCAGCCGCUACGUUACCAUUGAGCAUCGCCUGGCACGGCUAUUGGUAGAACCUGCGUGCGCCUCUGGGAAUAAGGUUUAGUGUAGUCUUGGUAUAUUGGGGGAUAUGCGCCUUGGCAACGGCAAAACCGGGUACACCACCUUUUUUCGGUCGGCACCUGCUCGCCGGCGUUUCCUGAAAUUGAUGCCAUCCUGAGGAUUGAUGCUACACGAGACCAAGAGCUUCCGUGCCUAGAACAGAAGGGAAUACAUUUUACCACGCUCAGUGUUGUCACCAUCAGCAUGCUAUUCUCAUGUAUCAUGUGCCAGAAAGCCGCUCCGCUACCUUCAGCGCCAGUUUCUCUGGACGGACAGGGGGU